AUGUCCUCCCAGCAGAGCGCGGCUUCCGCCAAAGGCUUUUCCAAGGGGUCUUCCCAGGGCCCUGCUCCGUGUCCCGCUCCUGCACCCACAGCCUCGUCUUCCUGCUGUGGCUGCUGUGGUUCCAGCGGCGGUGGCUGCUGUGGCUCUGGAGGCUGCUGUGGCUCCGGAGGCUGCUGUGGCUCCAGCGGUUGUGGCUGUUUCCCCAGGAGGCGCCGCCGACAGCCUCGAAGCGGGUGCUGCAGCUGCUGCGGGGGUGGCAGCCAGAGCUCCAGCAACGUCCAGAGCCAAGGCUGCUGUGGUGGCUGCUGA